UUUAAAACUCUUUUAAAAGCUAAUAAAUAUUUAGUAAAAAGAAAAAAUUUAUUGUCUAUUCUGUAGACUUUCUAAUUGUUCCCACUAGAGAGCACCACCAUUUUGAUCAGAACAAAGCACAUUAAUGUAAAAACGCACAUUGAAUUUAUAUAUUGUCAGUUUGAAUUAUUUUAUAAUUUCUGAAAUAAAAUAAGUUAAGUGUGAAUUACAAUGGCGAUUACAUCUGAAUCUGAUUCUGAAGUAAAUUCUUCGGACGAGGAGUUACAAGAAGCUCUUGCAUCGGGCUUAUUAAAACCUGGUCUCAAUGCUAUCAUUGAAACAAACAAGAGAGAACACAAGAAUAAUGUUAUUGUAAUGAAAAAGAAAUUAGAAGAAAUAAAAUUAAAUUUGCCCUGGAUAGAGAGGUUGGAUAUGGUCAAUGCUUUAGCACCACUAGCUCCAGAGUUAGCGCUUCAAAUGCAAGAACAAGAAGUAAGACGUGCCAAACAAUUACAAGGAAAUAAAAAAUUACCUCAAUUUGAUCCGUCGGAAGAUCCUGUUUUAAAUGACUUUCGUAGAGAAACAAUGUUUCAUCGGCAAGCACAAGGUGCUGUUGUUGAUGCCAUAGCAAGAAUAAAGAAACUUGGUAUCCCAACUAUUAGACCAGAUGAUUAUUUUGCAGAAAUGGCUAAAACUGAUAAGCAUAUGCAAAAAAUUAGAGAAAAUCUGAUGAAAAAGAAAAUUAUCGCGCAAAGAUCAGAGAAAGUAAGACAGAUGAGACAGCAGAGGAAAAUAAGCAAACAGAUGCAAGUAGAAGCAACUUUGAAGAAACAUGCGGAAAAAAGAAAAAUGUUAGAAGAAGUAAAAAAAUAUCGUAAAGGUAUAAGACAAGAUUUGGACUUUUUAGAAGAUAAGAAAAAACCACAAUAUAAGUCAGGUAAUAGAAAGUUAGAUCCAAAGGUUCAAGCUAAGAUUAACAUGAAAAAUGCUAAAUAUGGUUAUGGUGGUAAAAAGCGUGAUAGUAAGAGGAAUACCAAAUCUAGUUCAGCGGAUGUUUCUGAAUACCGAAAACCACAAAAACCAGGUCAGGGACGUAAGGGUAAAGGUGGAAAGACAAAACAGCAAAGGCCUGGUAAAAAUCGUAGAAUACAGAUGAAAGCUAGGAAAAAAUAAAAUUGUUUAAAUCUUAAUUCUUAUUUUCAAGAAUGAUGAUGUACGAUACAUAAAAUAAU